GCCUCUUCCAGCGAACACAAUGUACUCAACUUGCCACACGACCGCGGUCACGUUUCUAGGCCUUGUGCCAGCUCGUCGGCCAAUCAGGAACGAGGGAAUCUAAAGAGGGCGGGUACGACGCGCCUAAAGAAAGCAGCGGUUCUACUACUACACCACAAGCCCCGCCCAUUGUUUUCCAAAUAUGGCAAGAUGAACUACAAAGCGUCUGGAGCACGGUGUGUUUCCUCCUGCGAUUCUGCGCCCGGAAACAUUGUUUGACUGUGUUUUAGAGAGACAAAUGAAAGCCACAGUCGCUUAUUGGUUCCAACGCCGUUACUAAAGGUGUAGCCGUGGGAAACACUGAUGUAUAUCAGUGGUGACCUUUCAAGCGCGUAAAGCCACAGAUGAGCACAAGACGGAAGACGCAAAGCAACCACAGGGCCAUCAACAAACUCCGAACCAUGUCCGGUAGUUCCCGGGCGGAAUCUGAAAGAGACUCGGGAUUCUCCGAUACGAGCUCGGAGCCAAACAGCACCAGGGGAACCACAGACUCUGAGGACUUGACUCAUUGUGUCCCACAGCAAGGGGCAACACUGGGGUCGGGCUCUGUGAUCUCACAGCUGGCAGUGGUGGGAGGGUCAUCCUACCCCAACAUGUCUCCCAUGAUCAUCAUGAACAACGUCUUGCUCAAGCAGUCUAGCGACCCCCCAAAGCCUCUGAAGCCCUGGGGCUUCAGGCCUGCGGUGGAGGGGGUCCUGCCGGUGGUCCCGCCCGCCCAGGUGGUCUUCAUCCAACCGAUGCUCUCCCACCCAGCGCCCCCUCCCCAUAAAGACCCCCACUCCUCCAGACACAGGCGCCCCAAGAAGUACCUCCCCGUCCUCAAGUCCUACCCCAGGAUAGCCCCCCACCCCGGAGACAGCAGCUCCAGCUCCUUGGGUAGUACUGGCACUGCUUCUUCGUCGUCCGCCUCUUCCACGUCUUCGUCGUCCUCCUCUUCCUCAAGGUCAAAAAGUGGCACUAAAAUGACCUCCGGCCACUGGGAGCACUCUCACCGAGGCAAGCGUCACCAUCAGAAGAAGAAGAGCCAGUCUGGAGGUGGCGCUUCCCCGUCGGGGAGCACCGCUACCGCCCCCGUGUCCCCUCGCGCCCUACCACAGAAGCCCCUCCCCUCGGUGGAGAGCGAGCGACUCGCGCCGUCGGUGACCGCCCCGCCCACCUCAGAGCCCAGGGAGUCGCCGCCGGUCGCCCCGACGACGCUCCAGACGCAGACGUUGACGGUCACCACGACGACGCUCCAGACGCGGACGUUGCCGGUCGCCACGACGACGCUCCAGACGCGGACGUUGCCGGUCGCCAAGACGACGCUCCAGACACAGACGUUGCCGGUCGCCACGCAGACGACGCAGGUCGCCCCGACGACGCUCCAGACGCAGACGACGCAGGUCGCCCCGACGACGCUCCAGACGCAGACAUUGCCGGUCGCCCCGACGACGCUCCAGACGCAGACGACGCUGGUCGCCCCGACGACGCUCCAGACGCAGACGUCGUUGACCAGCUGCGACCCGAGGCCCACGGGCCCGGGCGCCGACCCGGACCCCGAGACCAAGAGGAUGCGCUUCUGCAACACGUACAACAUCCUGAGCGAGUCGGGCCUGCUGGACAUCACCCUGAAGACCAAGGAGCUGCAGCGGCAGAACCGGCACACGCAGGGCGAGCUGGACCGCCUCAAGGAGCACACGGAGCUCUUCAUCCAGGCGCUGCUGAGCGGCGACCCCGGAGUCAUCCUCAGGCUGCAGACCCGCCUGCAGGAAGAGGAGGAGGAGGAGGAGGAGGAGGAACUGCUGUGA